AUGCGGCGGCAAGACGGCAAAGUGGAUCAAGUGUUGACGCUCCGUCAAGCGCACGGAGAGGGUGCAUUCGGUCUGGUCUGUAAAGGCACAAUGAGCGGUCCAAAAGGGAUGGCGGUUCGGGUGGCGAUCAAACAGUUGAAGACGAACGCUAUCGAUGAAGAGCGCGAGGAAUUUUUACGCGAAAUGGACAUCAUGAAACAGGUUGGUCGUCACCCAAAUAUCGUGGCGAUGUAUGGGCUCUGUGAAGAGCCGGACUUUCAAUGUAUGGUGAUGGAAUAUGUACCCUUCGGCGAUCUCAAGCAUUACUUGCAGAACCUACGAAAGCAGGUGAGUUCCACGCUCACUCAAGUUUUUGGUUGA